AUGUUAAAUUUCAAACAACAAAAGCGAUUUGAGGUCGUCCAACAGGUUCUCUCCGCCUAUCACGGACGGGACGGGUUUUUCGUCCAUUUUAAUGCAAAAAAAAGAGUAAGUGUCGCAGUAUUUCUUAGGUGUCUGGAAGAACAACUGAUGGCUAAUUGGCUUGUUUUUCUUCAGAUUCUUUCAGUGAUUUGUCUCAGUUAUCUCAUUUCAGGAUGUGUAGCUGCAUGUAAAUACCAACAAGGACAAUAUCAAUUACAAUUCGCAAGGGAUCAACAACAUGUCCAUCUUCAACUUACAUAUCUUCAGUAUCCAGCAGGAACUAAUACUUGGACUGGCGUUGCUUUUGGACAGUCUAUGAACGAUGGUCUUGAUUUCAUUAGCGUACGUGUACUGGACAACAAGGUAUUAGUAAGUGACGAAUUUGUCCAAGGCUUUAGACAACCGAAACUGGACGAUAGACAGAAUGUAAUUGUUCAAUACGCUUCACUACAUAAUGGCAAUUUGCGAGUACGACUUGCUAGACCAAUAAUCUCAAAUGAUACUGCUGACUUCUCGCUGGCUAACUGUUUACCUUGGCAGUUCCCAAUUGCGUUAUCGCCACUCGAUCCUACUGGGCAAAUUCGUAAGCACCAAAUCACUCCUCAUGAAAUGGUUGUGUGCAUAAAUCGUUGUCCGUGCGGGUCCACCUCUACCCCGAACGAAUGCCAGUUGUAA